CUGAACGAAAUUUCACAUGAGAAUUAAAAAAUGGCCCUCAAAAAUCUUUAAACUACUCAUUUGAAAAUUUUGCAACUAUGUAAACUUGAAAUUCAAUGACAACUAUUUAGAAAAUAUAAUGAAAAUAAAUUUUUUCAUACAUAAAAUCACAAAUUUCCGUUCGUCUUCCGAAUUUUAAGUAUUAAUAAGCCAAAAUUCUAAAAUAUGGAUCUAGCGUCACCGAGUUGUGGUUGUAUGUCAACAACAGAACAUUCACCCGAAUGCCCAACAGGCUUCAUUCGUAAUCCUCAUAUCGCUCGUAUGGAAGAAGAUUUCCUUUAUCAUCUUGGUUUGGGCAGGAAAUCACAUAAUUUGCCAGAAAUGUUCGGCGACGUGAAGUUUGUCAUUGUAGGUGGUACACCGAAACGUAUGGAAAACCUUGCGAAAUAUUUGUUGGAUGAAAUAAAACACAAGCUACCUGUUGGCACACAAUUGUCUGACUUAACCGGCGCCGCAGAUCGUUACUCCAUGUACAAGGCGGGACCGAUUAUUUGUGUCAAUCAUGGCAUGGGCAACCCCUCGAUUAGCAUUUUACUGCAUGAAUUGAUUAAGCUCGUACAUCAUGCGAAAUGUAAGAACCCGGUUUUCAUACGCCUUGGAACGUGUGGCGGUUUGGGUGUACCAGGUGGCACCGUUGUCAUUUCCGAUGGUGUGCUCAAUGACAAAUUGAAUGCCGAACAUGAAUUUAAAAUUUUGGGUAAUGUUGUGCCACGACCCACAAAACUAGAUGCCAAUUUAGCGCAAGAGCUCAAGGCAGUAGCGAGCCCAAGCGAUGGCUUUCAAACAGUUAUAGGCAAGACUUAUUGCGCCGAUGACUUCUAUGAAGGGCAAGGCCGUUUGGAUGGUGCAUUUUGUGAUUACCAAGAAGCGGACAAGAUGAGAUGGCUAAAAAUGCUGCAGCAAAGAGGUGUGGUAAACAUCGAAAUGGAGAGCUCCAUGUUUGCAGCACUAACCCACAAUGCCGGCCUUAAAGCAGGUAUAAUCUGUGCUGCCAUAGUUAAUCGGCUCAACGGUGAUCAGAUUACAGAAAGUAAAGAGACACUCGGCGAAUGGCAAGAGCGUCCAGCUAAACUACUCGCUCGUUAUAUACGCAGACAGCUGGGUGUUUAGAAGGAGGGUUGCUCUUAAAGUGAAAACAGUAGUGGUUUUCUUCAUCAUCAUGCACCAACAGCUCACAAGCUAGAUCCAAAUAGGUCAUAGCAAGCGCUUAUAAAUUUAAUAAGGGAGAUGAAUUUUCUUUUGGCAAGAGAUACUAAAUUUUUGGUUAACAUUUCGAAAGCAAUAAAAAUGUAAUUUUUAUAUUAAAAA